CUUGUAUUCUGUUAGAAAGAGAAGGACAAUACCUAUCUACUGGCUUUGGAUGGGGACACCGACUUCCAGCCCUCUGCUGUAAUGCUCCUAAUAGAUCGACUGAAACGUUAUCCACGUGUGGCUGCGGCAUGUGGGAGGAUUCACCCAACAGGCACAGGUCCUAUGGUAUGGUAUCAGAAGUUUGAGUACGCGGUGGGCCACUGGCUUCAGAAGACUGCAGAGCACGUGUUUGGUAGCGUGCUCUGCAGCCCCGGCUGCUUCAGUCUGUUCAGGGGCGCAGCCCUCAUGGACGACAACGUCAUGAAGAGAUACACCACUAAGGCCACGGAGGCUAGCCACUACAUACAGUAUGAUCAAGGUGAAGACCGCUGGCUGUGCACUCUCCUUCUGCAGCAGGGCUGGAGGGUGGAGUACAAUGCUGCGUCUGACGCCUACACCAACUUCAAGGAGUUCUAUAUCCAGCGGCGGCGCUGGGGGCCCUCCACCAUGGCCAACACCAUCGAUCUGCUGGGCUCAGGGUCUCUGACCUCCCAGAGGAACAGCUCUAUCUCCAAACCCUUCAUCCUCUACCAGAUUCUCAGCAUGGCCGCCUCCAUUCUAGGCCCGGCUACAAUCUGCCUAAUGAUCUCAGGAAGCUUGUCAUUCAUCCUAGACAUCAAUCCCAACGUUGCUUUGGUCCUUGCAACAGUGCCCCCUGUGGUGUACCUGUUGGUCUGCUUCAAGCUGAAAUCGGACACACAGAUCGCCAUAGCAGCUGUCAUGAGUCUCUUGUACGCUUUCCUCAUGAUAGGAACGGCAUUGUCCAUCAUAGGUGCUAUGGUUGAGCAGCAAACCAUUUGGACUCCUAGCGGCCUGUUUAUCAUAGGCCUGGUGCUGAUGAACAUCAUCACAGCAGCAUUCCACCCCAAGGAGUUCCAUCUGGUCGUCUACGGCCUCCUCUACUUCAUCUCAAUCCCCAGUGGCUACCUCCUGCUGACCAUCUACUCCAUGGUCAACAUGAACAAUGUGUCCUGGGGCACUCGGGAGACAGGUGUCCAAGUCGCUGCGCCACCAACCAAGGCCAUCGCACAGCGCAUCCUACAGGCCAAGUGCUGCAAGUUUCUCUGCUGGGACAGUGGCAAAGUAGCAGACCAGAAUGGUCAGGUGCCAGAAACUGUUGUGUUGGCUAAUGAGCCAAAGGUGAACCCUAAUCUGACCUCUGAAGACGAUAACAGGUAUUUACAUUUUGAGUGUCUGGAGUGUUUAUAUGAUCUGUGUAAAUGCUAAGCAUAGUAUUUGGAUCUGUAUUUUUUUCCCGAAGCAUAUCUCCAAUAUACUGUACUACGUUCUAAGUGAAAUACUUGACAGGUACCAAUUUGUGCACCUCAAUGAUAAGUCCUUAUACUCCAAGGCUAUAUGUGGUAUUCCACAAGGAUCUGUUUCAGGAGUGUUUCAUUGCAUAUAAAA